AGACUUGGGAUGCUAUUUAUUCGGCACUCUUGAGCGAAGCAGGAGAGCAGCCAGAGGGAGGUGACCCGUCCACUUUGCUCCCGUCCCCCCUGGCGACCAUGGCGGGGCUUCCUCUCGCCACCGUCGCGUUCCAUCUCUGCCUCCUCGCGUCCUCUUCCGCCGCUCUCCGGCUGGCCCCCGAGACCACGGGCGAGGGCCGCCAUGUCGGCAGGACGGCCUACCACUUCCAGCCAGCCAAGAACUGGCAGAACGAUCCGAAUGGGCCCAUGUACUACAACGGCAUGUACCACUUCUUCUACCAGUACAACCCACACGGCGCGCUCUGGGACAUCGGCAACCUCUCCUGGGGCCACUCCGUCUCCGGCGACCUCGUCAACUGGGCGGCCCUGGACACGGCGCUCGACCCGACGGCGCCAUUCGACAUCAAUGGCUGCUGGUCGGGCUCCGCCACCAUCCUCCCCGGCGGCACCCCGGCCAUUCUCUACACGGGCAUCGACGCCAACAACGAGCAGGUGCAGAACGUGGCGUUCCCCAAGAACCCGGCCGACCCGCUCCUGCGCGAGUGGGUCAAGCCCAGCUACAACCCCGUGAUCGCUCUCCCGGCCGACGUCCCCGGCGACAAGUUCCGGGACCCCUCGACGGCGUGGCGCGGCCGCGACGGGCUCUGGCGCAUCGCGGUGUCCGCCGAGGUCAGCGGCGUGGCGUCCACGCUGGUGUACCGCAGCGCGGACUUCCUGCGCUGGGAGCGGAACGCCGCGCCCCUGCACUCGUCCCGCGCCGCCGGCAUGGUCGAGUGCCCGGACCUGUUCGCGGUGAAGCAGCACGGCAAGGACGGGCUCAACACGUCGGCGAACGGCCCCGGGGUGAGCCACGUGCUCAAGCUCAGCGUGAUGGACACUCUCCAGGACUACUACAUGGUCGGCCGGUACGACGACGCGGCGGACACCUUCGUGCCGGCGGAGCCCGAGCGCGGCGACGACGUCCGGAACUGGCGGCGGUUCGACUACGGGCACGUCUACGCGUCCAAGUCCUUCUUCGACGCGCGCAAGAACCGGCGCGUGCUGUGGUCGUGGGCCAACGAGUCCGACAGCCAGGCCGACGACGUUGCCAGGGGCUGGUCCGGCGUUCAGACGGUGCCGAGGAAGCUGUGGCUGGACAAGGACGGGAAGCAGCUGCGGCAGUGGCCCAUCGAGGAGAUCGAGACGCUGAGGAGGAAGCGCGUCGGCCUACGCCUUGACACGGCGCUGAACGCCGGAGCCAUGAACGAGAUCGUCGGCGUCGCGGGCUCGCAGGCGGACGUGGAGGUCGCGUUCAAGAUCCCGAGCCUGGAGGCCGCCGAGGCGCUCGACCCCAACUGGCUGCUGGACCCGCAGAAGCUGUGCGGGGAGAAGGGCGCCUCCGUGCCGGGCGGCGUCGGGCCGUUCGGGCUCAUCGUGAUGGCCUCCGGCGACCUGCAGGAGCACACCGCCGUGUUCUUUCGGGUGUUCAGGCACCAUGCUGACUACAAGCUCCUCAUGUGCACCGAUCUGACGAAGUCAUCUACUCGAGCUGGGGUGUACAAGCCGCCCUACGGAGGAUUCGUGGACAUCGACAUCAAGGAGCACAAGACCAUCAAGCUAAGAACCCUGAUCGACCAUUCGGUGGUGGAGAGCUACGGCGCCGAGGGGAGGGCCUGCAUCACGGCACGGGUGUACCCCGAGCACGCACAGACGAGCAACAGCCACAUGUUCGUGUUCAACAACGGGACGGACAUGGUGAAGGUGACCAAGCUGGAGGCGUGGGAGCUCGCGACGGCGACCGUGAACGUUGCAGACGAAGGCUUCAUUCUUUCUGAAUCCAAAGACGAAACUGAAUCAUAUUAGCUUCACGUUACGCCCUUCGUAUGCGACCGAUUGUUUUCCUGAAGGCCGGUUUAAUUUCGUGGAUAGAGAGAGAGAGAGAGAGAGAGAGAGAGGAAGGAAAAGGUGCAUUUCGAAUAAGAACACACCGGCGAACAGAAUUGUUGUUGAGAACAUAUUAAUUGAUUUUGGCAGAAGGAAAAAA